AUGUUAUCCUCAUAUGACAUGAUAAAAUUAAAAGCACUAUAUUCAAAAUUGUCAUCAAUCUCCACAAGAUGCAUAGCCCGUAGUUUUUCAAAAAAUGAUAAACCCAAAGAGGAAAAAAAGAAGAAAAAAAGAAAAACCCAAAGAAAAAAGAAAGAUAGUUGUAAUGAUGAAUGUAAGAAAAAACCUAAGAAGCCCAAACUUUUAAAACAAGUAGUGCCUGUAUUAGAAGAAACGAUGAAAUUAUUUUUGAUUUCUUCGAGGCCUCUGUUGACGCAAGAGGAGUUCAUGCAAUCAUGUAAAAUAGCUCAGGAGUUUUUAUGCCCAAACGGAGAAGGAGCAAAGUUACAGGCUGGAAUUUGCAAAAGAGCGGAGGAAAAAACUAAUUGGCUGACUGAAUGGUGGUUGAACGCGGCCUAUUUGGAAAAUAGGGCUGCUCUUCCUAUCAAUUCGAGUCCGUGUAUGGUAUACCCAUCAGUAAAAUUCAAAUGCAAAGAAGAAAAAAUCAAUUAUAUUGCCAGAAUGAUACGAGGAGCGCUAGAAAUGAAACAGAUAAUAGACAAAGGAAAACUUCCACAGGAAAAACGUGGUAAGUACAAUCUGGAUAUGUCUCAAUAUGGUAAAGUUUUCGGAACGUGCAGAAUACCAGGAUGUAAAAAGGAUUCACUGCAGUUCCAUUGUGACAGUGAACAUAUUGUAGUUAUAUAUAAAAACAACUUCUUUAGGAUGCCAGUAUUCGAUAAAUGUGGUAUUGACAUGUUGAACGAGGAUCAAAUCACCUGCCAAUUAAACUUGAUAAUGCAAAUGGAUACUCCGGGGGAUCCCGUGGGCAUAUUAACUACAGACAAUCGUGAUAAUUGGGGCAGAGGGUUUGAAGUACUCAUGAAAGAGGAUCACAACAAGAAAGUAUUUGAAAUAAUCGAAACAUCUUUAUUCAUCAUGUGUAUCGAUGGACCCAUGCCUAAAGGGGAUUCACUUAACCAGCGGUCAAUUGCUGCAAAGCAAUUAUUGCAUGGUGGUGGAAGCAAAUACAAUUCUGGAAAUAGAUGGAUGGAUAAAACCAUACAGUUUGUAGUUGGAGAAGAGGGUCAAAAUGGUAUGAUUUACGAACAUGCACCAUGUGAAGGAGGCCCUGUAGCCACGAUAAGCGAUUAUGUGAUAGCAUAUAUUCAGAAAAACGUCAAAGCAAAACCAUGCUGCCAUUAUGACAAAGCAUGUCAUAUAGUAUUCAGUAUCGGAUCGGAUGUUCAAGCUUUAAUAUCAACGGCCAAAACAAAUUUAGAUUGUGCAGUACAAGGUAUUCAAGUUCAUGGUUGCCAGUUCAAGCAGUUUGGAACCGAUUUUAUUAAAAAAAAUAAUCUCAGCCCAGACGCUUUUGUACAGUCGGCAUUCCAAUUGGCAUUUUACAGAAUACACAAUAAGCCUGGAGCUACUUAUGAAUCUGCAGCGCUACGGAUUUUCGAAGAUGCUCGCACAGAGAAUAUCAGAGGAUGUUCAGCGGAGUCAGUAAAAAUGGCCAGAACUUUGCUCAAUAGACGCUCGUGCUUAGAAGAUCAAAUGAAAGUUUUAACAGAAUCUAUUAAAGCACACAGAGCUUUCACAUUGAAAGCUUUACAAGGGCUGGGAUGUGAUAGACAUCUUUUUGGCUUAAAAAUGAUGGCAAAGGAAAUGGAUAUGGUUACACCUCGGAUAUUUUCUGAUGCAGCAUUUGUGAAAAGUACACAUUGGAGAUUAUCGACAAGCCAGGUUUCUACAAAGUCCGAUUGUUUUAUGAUCUACGGACCCGCAGUAAAAAAUGGGUAUGGAUGUUGUUACAACCUCAGGGCAAUCAAUAUGAAUUUUGGAAUAACUUCAUAUAGUAGCUAUCCUAACACUGUACCCGAAAAAUUUCGAGUGGCACUCGAAGAAUCAUUAAAUGAAAUGUAUGACAUCUGUUGCAAAUUUGCUAAGAAACAUCCACCAAAAAAAGAAGAACCUAAAAAACCAGAACCAAAAAAGCCUGAACCUAAGAAGCCUGAACCCAAGGCUUGCGAAUCCAAAAAAAGUGAACCAAGUGAUUCGAAAAAGAGUGAAACUAAAAAAUGUGAAUCCAAAGACACAAAAAAAGAAGAAAAAAAAUAA